AUGAUUGCCUCACGGUUAUCCAGAGCUCUUCCACGCUCAUCUCCCAUCUCCCGCAUCUCUCAGAUUCGAGCUCCUCGCUCUUCAAUAAUCUCAAGAUAUGCCUCCACCGACGCGCCCGAAAGCACCGAAAAGGUCAAGGGCCAGGUCAUCGGUAUUGACUUGGGAACAACAAACUCGGCUGUUGCCAUCAUGGAAGGCAAGACGCCCCGUAUAAUAGAGAACUCCGAGGGUACUCGCACAACACCUUCAGUCGUUGCCUUCACCGAGGGUGGCGAACGUCUGGUCGGUGUGUCCGCCAAGCGUCAAGCUGUCGUCAAUCCUGAAAAUACACUCUUUGCAACCAAACGUCUGAUCGGUCGCAAGUUUUCCGACCCUGAAUGCCAAAGAGAUAUCAAGGAAGUCCCAUACAAGAUCGUACAACACACAAAUGGCGACGCCUGGCUAGAAGCCCGUGGCCAGAAAUACUCACCAUCUCAGAUUGGUGGUAUGGUUCUGCAGAAGAUGAAGGAAACUGCUGAGGCCUAUCUCGGCAAGCCUGUCAAGAAUGGUGUCGUUACUGUCCCUGCCUACUUCAACGAUAUGCAGCGACAAGCCACCAAAGACGCUGGUCAAAUUGCUGGCCUAAACGUCCUCCGUGUUGUCAACGAGCCUACCGCAGCUGCGCUUGCCUAUGGUCUGGAGAAGGAAGCCGAUCGUAUCAUCGCUGUCUAUGAUCUUGGUGGUGGUACUUUCGAUAUUUCCAUCCUUGAAAUCCAAAAGGGUGUCUUCGAGGUCAAGUCUACCAACGGUGAUACUCACUUGGGUGGUGAAGAUUUCGAUAUCACUCUUGUCCGACAUCUUGUUCAGCAAUUCAAGAAGGAGUCUGGUAUCGAUCUGUCCAACGACCGCAUGGCCAUCCAACGUAUCCGUGAAGCUGCUGAGAAGGCAAAGAUUGAGUUGUCUUCCUCGCUGCAGACCGAUAUCAACCUGCCCUUCAUCACUGCUGACGCCUCUGGUCCUAAACACAUCAACUCCAAGAUGACACGUGCUCAGCUCGAAACUCUUGUUGAUCCUUUGAUCACCAGAACUAUUGAUCCUGUUCGAAAGGCUCUCAAGGAUGCAAACCUCCAAGCCAAGGAAAUUCAAGAAGUCAUCCUCGUCGGUGGUAUGACCCGUAUGCCCAAGGUUACCGAUUCUGUCAAGAACAUCUUCGGCCGUGAGCCUGCCAAGGCUGUCAAUCCCGAUGAGGCUGUCGCCAUUGGUGCUGCCAUUCAGGGUGCCGUUCUUGCUGGUGAAGUUAUGGACGUUUUACUCCUCGAUGUUACUCCUCUGUCCCUAGGUAUUGAGACCCUCGGUGGUGUUUUCACUCGAUUGAUCAACCGAAACACUACUAUCCCCACCAAGAAAUCACAAAUUUUCUCCACUGCUGCCGAUUUCCAGACUGCUGUCGAGAUCAAGGUCUACCAGGGUGAGCGUGAACUUGUUCGCGACAACAAGCUGCUCGGAAACUUCCAGCUGGUUGGAAUUCCCCCUGCUCACCGUGGCGUUCCUCAAGUCGAGGUUACCUUCGACAUUGAUGCUGAUUCCAUCGUGCAUGUUCAUGCCAAGGACAAGUCAACCAACAAGGAUCAAUCCAUCACCAUUGCUUCAGGAUCCGGUCUAUCUGACAACGAGAUUCAGAACAUGGUCGACGAUGCUGAGAAAUAUGGUGCUCAAGAUAAGGAACGCAAGGCUGCUAUUGAAGCUGCCAACCGUGCCGACAGUGUUCUCAAUGAUACUGAGAAGGCUCUCAAGGAGUUCGAAGACAAGCUUGACAAGACUGAAGCUGACAACAUCAAGGAGAAGAUUGCCACUCUCCGCGAAUAUGUUGCCAAGAACCAAUCUGGCGAAGGUACCGCCACGGCGGAAGAGCUCAAGGCCAAGAUUGAUGAGCUACAGUCCAGUGCUCUGACCCUUUUCGAUAAGAUGCACAAGGCUCGAGAGGAAUCCUCACAGUCACCUCCUCCCGGCGGUGAUGCCGGUGCCCAACAGGGUGGUGAGCAGAAGCCUUGA